UUCCCUUGGCUUUUUUAGCGAUCGGUGCAGCUGGCGGUGGUAUACGCGCGCAGCUUAUAACACCAAGCAGCACAAGCAGCACCGGUAUUAUAUAGACUUUUCAUCCCAUCAGCAGCUAGCAAGCUGAGCCAGUGCUUACGGGUCAGGUGCCCCGUGCGGCGCAAGUUUCGCGCAAGGAGAGGGGAAGGGUAGUAAAAACGAGCGAGCGAGAGAGAAUAGCAUCUCCUCGCAUGCGAUAUUGCAUGUGCAGUCUUCGGGGAUAUCUCGAGCUCCCGUGAGUCUUGGAGCUCCGAGCCAGAGUCGUAUACCGUAGAGAUUAAUCCGCGCUCUCGUUUUUCGUUGUCGUUGUCGGGCGUAAUUGGUGCAAUUACAUCCGAUGCAGCAUUAUGAAGAGCGGCGGAUCGUUGCGACUCUGCUUCCUCUUGCUGCUGGCGAACUUUUGCUACCAAAAAGCUCGAGGACAACGAGAUACCGCGGCGAACGAAACGAUCUUGUGUCGGCCUAAUCUGUCUGUGCCCGUGAAGCACGAAGAGUCGCGAUUGCUGGCCAACGGCAGCUUGCAGCACGCUGGUCGCCUCUACCCACCGGAGCAUCACUUCGUGUCUUCGUCGGCGCUGGAGAACUCGAGCCGGCGCGUCUGUCCUUGCGCCGCCAGCGGCCAAUCUCGUCGUCCUUGUCUCAGGAAAUGCUGCCCGGACGGUCAAUUAUUGGAGGCCCAGGUGGAGCGCGAAGAGCCCUGCACCGAGGCCAGCUCGAUCGGCUGGCUGCCGCUUCCGGACCAGCCGAGACUGCAUCCUGAUUUUAUCGGCGCGAUCGAGCAGCAGCAGCGGCUCGAAUUCGCUCACGACUGGUUCCAGCUGGUCGGCUGGGCGCCUCGCUGCGACGACUCGCGCUACGGCUUCUACGAGCUGCGACCCGACGAGUACCCGGAGGACGCCUGGCAGCUCGACGCCGAGGGCUGGCUGCGACUCACGCAGGACUCGCGCCUCUACGGGCCCGGCGAGUUCUGCCUGGAUCGACAGCUCGACAACGACGACCGGCUCGCCGUGCUGGUCUGCGUCGAGCUCGAGCCCAGCGACAACUCGAGCGAGGAGCCGGACGAGGACGACAAUCCGCACGACAAGAUCACCCGCAUAGGUUGCAUAUUCUCCGUCCCGUUUCUCCUGGCGACGAUGCUCGUCUACCUCAUCAUCCCCGAGCUGCGCAACAUCUACGGCAGGACCCUCAUGUGCUACGUGGCUGCCCUCCUCGGUGCCUACUCCUUCCUCUUCGUGACCGAGUUCCUGCACUUCGGCACGGCUUGCCACAUUACCGAAAUCAUGGGGUGCAAAACAAACUUUAAUUACGUUUGUACAGUAGUUUUACUGUUCGUCGUAUUUACUACUAGUGCUUCGGAAAAAGUAUGUCCAGACACUUUAUCGGUCGAUAUUACAAACGAGAGAAAAUUGGAGGAUGGAUCGGUGUACUUUGAUGGUUUAUUAAUUCCGCCUCAGGUGCAAUAUAAUAAAGAUGAUACUUUGCGUGCAUGUCCGUGUGCUUUGAAAAAAUGUGUGAGAAGAUGCUGUCCCAGAGGUCAAGUUUACGAAGGAAAAACUUGCCGCCUGCCAAGGCAGGCCAGCUAUAACAUCGAUUUUCCAUUAAUACCUGAAGGAAUCCUAGACAAGCCAAUAAGAAGUUUAGAGGAAGAUUUUUAUGUGCUCUACGACAAUGAAUGCUCGACAGAAUUGAGAUACUCUUUAUUCGCCGAGGGUCCAAAAAAAGUAAAGUCGGAAAAUUACACCAUCAGAAACGACGGUGUACUUUUGUUGCAUCAACUGAAGGACAACGUGCCCGUCAAAUUACUAUACAAACCAGAGAAUUAUUGCAUUGCUUGGUCGGAAAAUUUCAAUGUGACCAAAUUUCUGGUAUGCGGCACGUCGGAAGAAGUCCAAGAUCAAGAACUGACGAGAUUCAAGCGAUGGACCGAGUCGGCUGGAUUAUGGAUGUCGAUAAUAUUUUUAACUUUGACGUUUGUGGUUUAUUCCAUGUUUCGAUCGUUGCGAAAUCUUUAUGGAAAAUCAUUGAUGGCCUACGUCGCGACUCUCGCGAUCGCUUACAGUGCAUUGAACUUCAUAAAGAUUGGCGAAAUUCAAAAUCAAGUAUUCGAUGAUAUCGGAUGCAGAGUAAUGGCUUAUAUUGUACACUUCUUCUUCUUGGCAAGUUUCUUCUGGCUCAAUGUAAUGUGCUUUGACAUUUGGUGGACUUUUGGUCUGCAAAAGGCGAUGUUAAAGGUACCGAUGAACCAGCGGGGAUUUCGAUCUCUCCAUGGAAGCGUAAAACAACGGGAACAUAAAAAGUUUAUGCUGUAUUCGAUUUAUGCUUGGGGAUGUGCCAGUUUACUCACAGGUCUAUGCCUGAUCAUGGACUUAACGCCUGGUAUCCCUAACGACAUCAUAAAACCAAAUUUUGGACAACAGACCUGUUGGUUUGCAUCCAAUGAUGCUAAGGCUAUUUAUUUCUAUGGGCCUAUGGGAGUUACGGUAGUCUGCAAUAUUUUCCUUUUCAUUAUGACUGCAAUUAAAAUUUUGCGACACAAAAAAGACACAGCUCGACAUCUGAAAGGUAGCGAUAGUAGACGUCACGAUGAUAACAAACAAUGGUUCAAUUUGUAUCUAAAACUGUUUAUCGUCAUGGGAAUCAAUUGGUCGAUGGAAAUAGUCUCAUGGCUUUUGGCAAAACGAACACCAGAGUACAUAUUUUAUCUCACCGAUUUAGUAAACUCGCUGCAAGGAGUUGUAAUAUUCAUCAUUUUUGUAUGGAAAGAAAAAAUCAAACAAUUGCUAUUAAAGCGUUUUGGCUGCGAGGGUAAAUGGCUGUCUCGAAAUUCAACUGGACAAAGUGGCAAUCCUCAAAUGACAAAUUCGAGUUCACGAAACACUUGUACGACGAUGACUACAGUACCAGUGCCUGAAAAAUCGGUUCACGAAAAAUUUUCUCCAGUUAUUGAAACGACUGAGAAUGUUUAAAGAUCUAUCGUCAUUUGAUUCAAUUUGGCGCUUUAUGCAUUUAUUUUUAAUUCACAAGUUUGACGAAUUUUAGUCUUACUCGUUCAGUUUUAUUUGUCGAUUUCGAAAAUUCGAUUUCUUAUCGUAUCAAGUACAAAAUUAUUUUUAAAUGUAUGAGAGUUUAUGAUUUUUUCUCA